CAGCGACCCCAGCUGUGUAGUGAAGAAAGUUGUACAAGGACUCCACUCGACCACACCGUCACAAUGUCGAGUGCACCCACUCCGGUAAGUCUUCUUGAGUUUCCAUUGGUCACAGUCUUCCAGACCAGUCUUGUGCAGCGUCGUCGGCCGCAAGCACCUUUCCCGCAUUGUAUCGCUUCCAUCAAGUCAAGACGAAAUGUUGACCAAGCACAGCCCGAGUAUGACCCGGCGAAGCCAAACGGAGGCAACUCUCUCGAUGAGGAUGUCAACGCCCAAUACGCUGGCCUCGAGUUCCACUAUGUCUACCUGAUGGUGUGCGCCUUUCUCGUGUGGCUCAUCAUCCCUGGUAUCGGUUUUCUCUACAGCGGACUCGCGCGUCGCAGGUCGUCUCUCGCGCUUCUAUUCCAGUCCUUCGCUGUUGCAGCAGUUGUUUGCUUCCAAUGGAUGUUCUGGGGCUACUCGCUCGCGUACUCUCGCACGGCCAAUGCAUUCAUCGGUGACCUCGCCAACUUCGGCCUGAAGAACGUGGUGGCAGCUCCAUCUCCCGGGUCGGUCCUUCUACCCGAGAUCGUCUUCUGCCUGUACCAGAUGCUGUUCUGUAUCUGCACCGUGGUCCUCGUCACUGGCGGUAGCUUCGAGCGUGGUCGCAUCCUGCCCUCGCUGAUCUUUUCGUUCUGCUGGGCUACCAUCGUGUACUGCCCUAUCGCCUGCUGGACCUGGAAUGCCAAUGGUUGGCUGUACAAUCUCCCUUCUCUCGACUUCGCUGGUGGAGGCCCUGUGCAUAUUGCAAGUGGCUGGGCUGCUCUCGCAUAUGCCUUCGUUCUCGGAAAACGCGUUCACAAAGGAGAGAAACUCCACGGCAAACCUCACAACACCACUUUGGUGUUCAUUGGAACCGUUUUCAUUUGGUUCGGAUGGUUUGGCUUCAACGGUGGCUCUGCCCUCAAUGCUUCAGUCCGCUCCAUGAUGGCAGCCUUCAACACUAACACUGCUGCCUGCUUCGGGAUUAUCGGUUGGACAUCUGUCGAAUACAUUCGCACCAAGGGUCACUUCUCGCUCGUCGGCGCCUGCUCUGGAGCCAUCGCUGGUCUCGUCGGUAUCACACCCGCCGCGGGUUUUGUCAGUGUGUGGAUCGCUGGCCUCAUCGGCUUCCUGACGGGAGCCAUCUGCUCCUCGGCCAAGAACAUUGACAAGCUCCUGCGCAUCGACGAGGGUAUGGAUGUCUUCAAGCUACACGGUAUCGGCGGCAUGUGCGGAUCUUUCUUCACCGGUAUCUUCGCUCAGAAGUGGGUAUCCGCUUUGGAUGGCGCGUCCAUCUACGAGGGUGCGCUUGAUGGUGUUGGCGUUCAGGUCGGCCGUCAGCUUGCUGAGAUUUGCGCCAUCUCCGCUUAUUCCUUUUCCGUGACUUGUAUCCUGCUAUUCACGCUCAAGUACAUUCCGGGAAUGCACUUGCGCGUUACCGAGGAAGCAGAGAUGAUCGGCCUGGAUCUGGACCAGUUCCUCGACGAGCAGAUCGGUGACUGGAGCAUUUUGGAGCAGCAUUCACUGCAGGGUGUCACUCAACCGAGCAGCGCCCAGGGAAGCUCGGAGGCUGUGGCCGCCAAGUCUGGAUAGGAAGGAAAGGAAACAACUGGAGCUGCACAAAUUGGCUUUUGUAAUAGAACGUGACUGUAUACCCUCGCUUUAGUAUGUUUAAUAUAAUAACGCAGUAACUCCGAG